GGCGGCGGCGGCGUUCCCUGACUGAAGGGGCCGGGGGCUCCGCCGCGCCCCCGCCCCGUCGUGCCUCAGCGGGACCGGAGGCGGUCGCCGCCGACUGAGCCCGGGCCGAGGUGCCCGGAGGCGCGCUCCCUCCGCUACCCGGACCCGCGGCUCUUCCCUCAGCCCGGAGCCGGGCGACGGAGCCCCCUCCCCGGGCAGGGCCUGCGGGCCGCGCCCCGCCGCCACCCCUCCCCCCUGCCGGCCGCACCCCGCCGCCUCCCUCCGCCGCCGCCGAGCGAAGGGGAAUGGGCGGUCCCGGCCCUUAGCCCCCGGCUGCUCCUCCUCCUGCCGGGUCCCAGCGUCUCGGCGGCCUCCGCCCGAUGCUGGCGGAGCCGCCCGGGGUCUCGGCGGCGUCGUGAGCGCUCCCGUCGCGCGGCCGCCAUGUCCGGCGUGGUGCGCACCCUCAGCCGCUGCCUGCUGCCGGCCGAGGCCACGGGCCGAGAGCAGCCGAGGCGGGAGGGCAAGGAGCGGAGCCGCGAUGCGGAGCGGGAGGCGAGGCGGCGGAGCCGGGAGAUCGACGCGAUGCUGGCCCGGGAGCGGCGGGCCGUGAGGCGCCUCGUCAAAAUCCUGCUGCUGGGCGCCGGGGAGAGCGGCAAGUCCACUUUCCUCAAGCAGAUGCGGAUCAUCCACGGCCGAGAGUUCGAUCAGAAGGCGCUGCUGGAGUUCCGGGCCACCAUCUACGAGAACAUCCUCAAGGGCUGCAGGGUUCUGGUUGACGCACGGGACAAACUGGGGAUCCCUUGGCAGUACACGGAGAAUGAGAAGCACGGAAUGUUUUUGAUGGCUUUUGAAAACAAAGCUGGAAUGCCCAUCGAGCCUGCCACGUUCCAGCUGUACGUACCUGCGCUGUGCGCCCUGUGGAGGGAUUCAGGAAUCAAGGAAGCCUUCAGCCGUCGCAGCGAGUAUCAGCUGGGUGAAUCAGUGAAAUAUUUCCUGGAUAACCUGGAUCGGAUCGGUCAGCUGAAUUAUUUCCCCAGCAAACAAGAUAUUUUGUUGGCUAGAAAAGCUACCAAGGGAAUAGUAGAGCAUGAUUUCAUCAUUAAAAAAAUCCCUUUCAAGAUGGUGGAUGUAGGUGGACAGCGAUCUCAGCGUCAAAAGUGGUUUCAGUGCUUUGAUGGAAUAACUUCAAUUUUGUUUAUGGUUUCCUCCAGUGAAUACGAUCAGGUUCUCAUGGAAGACAGACGCACAAAUAGACUCGUGGAAUCCAUGAAUAUCUUUGAGACAAUAGUCAAUAACAAGCUUUUCUUUAAUGUUUCUAUCAUCCUGUUCCUCAACAAGAUGGAUCUUCUUGUAGAAAAGGUAAAGACUGUCAGCAUUAAGAAGUAUUUCUCGGACUUCAAGGGUGACCCUCACAGGCUAGAUGAUGUUCAACGUUAUCUGGUGCAGUGCUUUGACAGAAAGAGGAGAAACCGUAGUAAGCCGCUCUUCCAUCACUUCACCACUGCCAUAGACACUGAAAACAUCCGUUUUGUGUUUCAUGCUGUGAAGGACACCAUCCUUCAAGAGAAUCUGAAGGAUAUCAUGUUGCAGUGAAGGAGAGAAGGCCGAGUCCUGUUAAAAUUUGCUGGAGGGUUAGAUCAAAAUUUUUAUCUUUUCUUUAUGGCCCUUGCAUGUGGUGUAGGACCCGUGCUACUUACUUGGCUCAGGAAUGCUGUAAACUAGCCAGUCAAAACAGAGGAGCUAUAGGCCGAAGGAGUCAAAUGUUGAUGUUAGCUACUGAAUCAUUUGGACUAGAAACACUACUGAAACAUGGCUGUUGUAAGUUCUGUACCUAGUUUGGAAUGCUGAAUAACACAACCACCUUCUGCCUUCUUAGAAAACAAAACAAAAAAAUCUCUGACAAACCAUGUAUGGAAGACACUUUGUUUUAAAUGGAUAUGCUUAUUUUUCAGAGACACUAGUCAUACAAUCUGCCUUUUUUUGUAGUUUGGAGGUGCUGAAUUGAUCAAACUAACCUAAAUGUAAUGAGAUUGGUAGCUGUAUUGGAGAAUGUUAGUGAAACUUCCAUUCUUAACACUAGGAGUGUAACCAGGUCUGAUGUGCAAUUCAGUUUUGCCACAGAUCUGGAAUCUACUAAUUAAGGUGGAUGCACAGCUCUUGUCUGAAGGUUUUGUGCGAGUCUCCUGAAGCUUAAGUUUAAAACUGUUCAAGGAAACCCAUGUUGGAGUAAAUUGGAUGGAAAGUUAAGGCCUUGCUGGAGAAGGGCUUAUUUUGCACUACGUGUGAAAGGUAUUAUUACAUCGUGGGGAAUGUGAUUUCCUUGGUGAAGCUGCCUGUGCUAGAGCACCUGACCCUGUACGUGCACAGCGGGUGCUCGAGUGAGAUGUACUUCAUGGAAAUCCAGCACUGUUCUCAUACCUGCGGUUUGGCAGUAACUGUGAAGGUUCAGGAUCACAUGACAGGGCUUCAUCUAUAUUCAAAAGUUUGAAAGCUGAUUAAACUCUUACGCAAAGGUUUUGGUAGUCCAGCAGCUGUUUGAUUAGUUGCUGUCAGCUGACUGUGUAGGAAGACCGAACACCCUAGAGAUCCCAGUUUUACAGCUGCACUGAUGUGUUUGGACAGCAAGACCUUGCUGUCAAAUUAGCCCUUAAUCUGUGUCUUAAUGGGAUCUUUAGCCAGUAGUAAUGCACGUGUAAUUCUGAGUACAGUCAAGGUUGGAGUUGCCCGUUCGGGGCAAUGGUUUGUGUAUAAAAUUGCAAGAGACUAUGAAAAAUGUUGAUAUGAACUGUUAACUUCUUAGCUCUCAAUCUGUGUAACUAUCAGGUGCCUUUUCUCUGUACAGACAUAUCAGAUCUCUUCUAUUACAGUGGGGUACAUGAACAACCUUACAACCUGCCUUUUUAUCUGAGCACCGUAGUGCUAUUCUUUAGGUAACUUUCAAACAUAGUUUACUGUGCAGUUUUUGUCACAGCUUUUAUCUGAGAAUAAAACCUGAAGGGCUGUUUGUACCCUUACAAAGGCAGCAGAUUCCCUGGAGUUCUUUUCCCCACGGAGACUGCAAUGGCAUGUCAAAACAAGCAACGUUUUACUUCAGCUGGUGAUCCCAUGGGAAAUGUGGUCUAAAACACAUGAAAGGACAACGGAACAGGAUUUUAAUUUGGAUAAAAUCUGGAAUCUUUCUUCCCCUCUGAAGGCUGCAGAUGUUCGUAUCAGCGUGUUUGUGUGGUUUCCUACUGUAGCAAUCUCUGGGUUUUCUUUGUGCAGCUUCAGAGUGGAAGAGACGUGGCCGUGUCGGUGUUACGUAACGCAGGACUGAGGUAAGAAGCAGUGAAAAGUUGCAGGCAGGAAAAUCCAAUUUAAAUUUCAGCAAACAUAAACAGGAAUUGGCUUACUUGUAACAAGUCUUAUUUUUGCCAGGACCAAGUCUGUCUUAUAGAUGUUUAUUCAUUUUUAGCCUCGAAGGGGAAAAAUGUCACGUGACAAAUAUUCAGAUGAAAUAAACUCUUAAGUUUAUUACAUUUAAAAGGAUAAAUGUUGCAACCCUGGGCAAUACAAGUAAGUUUACAUAUUGUAUGAGGUUCAUUUCUCUUAGCUAGUCCACUUGUUAGCUGAAGAGUAAGAGAUUGUUCCAACACUUUCAGACUUUUCUUGGAGUUCCUGAUAGUAGCUUCCACUUCACUCAGGGCACUGGGAAAAGAGGAGGCAGUUGUGGGCUUCUAGUCUUCAACUUCUAGUUUGAUUUGAUUUUAUUUCCUGGUUUGCCAUGAGCUUUAUUCUUUCACUAAAUUUUCUAAUGGACUAGUAUUGUGCUUUUUUCCUAACGAGUUAAGCCUUUCAACUCUAUUUUUCCUCAAUAAUUACCUCAGCUUAAAGUCUCAAUCCACUGUAGCUUUACCUGGCAAGCGUAGUGUGGAAUUUCCUGUUCUCUUUUUCCCUUUGUGGUCAUGUAUGGUUUUGUAUCUGUAGACAUCCUAUGGCUUUAAAAUUCUAAGCAGAGCUAAUAAUGUAACAUAUAUUUUAAUUAACUUGAUCUGCACCUGGAAAGGAAACAGCACGAGUUAUCUCAUAACGAGCUGUCAGUCUUGUUAGUGAUUUUUUUUCAAGUGAUGUAGCAGUUUUGCACAAUAAGUCCAAGAUUUAGGGAAACACAUUGUUCACCUCGUGCCCAUCGUUGCCUUUCCUCUUUCUGUUGAUAAAAUGAGCCUGAGCAUGAUGCUCUAGGCUGCAGAUGAAAAUGAGUAGUUGGGCUCUGUAGGCUCUGUUUUCUGUGUAACUUCGGUAGCGUUGGUUCGCACCAGGAACCCAAGAUCCCAAGGCUGCUGAUGCAGAAGUGAAGCACUUCUCAAAUCUGCGGAGGGUUUGACUGUGAUUGAAAAGGAUUAUUUUUCAGGUGACAGGUAAAUUUCUUUCUCUGCUAAAUUGUGACUCUCCUUCUUGCACAACUGAGGUAUUUUGUUGUUUGUGUGUUUUUUUUCCCAAGCUAAGUUGUGGUAUAAUAAAGCCAAAAAACCAUGUUAUGGUAAAUCAGUUAAUUAUUAAGCAGAACUUAGGUAACUUAGGUUGUACAAACAUCUCAGGACAGGCUUGAUCAGUUGCUUGGUCCUUUUGCGAGAGACAAAAAAAUUUUAAGUGACAUCCUGGAGAACGCUGCAGGUAAACAUAGCUGGAGAGAACAUCUUGUUGUUAACUUUGUUAGGUUAUUGUUCAUUUGCUAGUCAGGAAAUAGGUCACAGGCAGGAUUGUAAUCAGAUGGAUACUUGGAACAGCUCCGUAGAGUGGGGGGGGGGGGGAAGAAUUUUUGCUGUCCCUGCUCUGAUACCACAGGUCAGUGACCAGUGGCGGGGUGAUGCAAAUGGGUCUUCUCUUGCAAGGACAAAGAGAGGAAGCGCUUGCAGCGUGUGCAUGCAGGAGAGACUUACGUAAUCUUGCAGUUUUAAGUAGAAAAGCUAACUAAAUGGGAGUCUUUCAUCAAACACUACUUUGUGUUUGGUUUUGAGCUAAUAUCGUGCGUCAGUCAGUAUAAUUCCUUCAAUUGUGGUGCUGUCAUUUUCUGAACAGUUCUUAGACGGCGAUACCAGACAGCAUAGUAAAUUGAAAUUAAAAAGAAAGAGUAGGAAUGGCAUAUUUGAUAGGCAGUUAUCACUGCAAAGCAAUUAGAUAUUUCCUAGUCUUGAUUCUGAAGCUGAAAUUACUGGCCACUCAGCUUCACGCUACAACUCAAAGAUCCUUUCAGUUUCAUAUGAAGAAUGGAUCUUAUUCUAUUCAGUACGGCGGCAUAGGUUGUUUGAUGUGUUAAUAGUUGAAAACUGGAUGUAUUGCUGAGUCAGACCUGGAGCUAGUCAUGUUACAAGCAUAAAGGAGUUCCUAAAGGUGGUCAUUUCUACAUGCUUUCUGAGCUGGCUGAAGCCAGAACCUCAGCCAGGCAGAGUGGAGGAAUGUGUGCUAAUUCAGAACGAAACAAGACUCUUAAAGUGAAGUGGUGGAGGAAGAGCUCAUCUGCAUGUGGCACUGCGGACUAAAAUUUUAUUCCACCACGGUGGAAUAGGUUUAGUUAUGGAAAACUGUCCAUUUGAAAUGCUUCUCACCCCCAGGUAUUCAGUAUUCCUGGUAGUGUCAUCUGUAAAGAAUUACAGAAUUAAAGAAAUUAAAGGAGUAGUCAAGUGACAGACAGUUACUUUCCACAGAAUGUCAUUUCAGCAAGCAGGCCCUUUACCUUCUUUAGACAGGUUUCUGGAUGUUAACUUCAUGUCUUGCAAUCUUUUCUGUGUACGUACCUUUCCAGUUUUCCUGAAAAACCUAUUUUGCUGUACCAAACUAUGGGAAUUUUGUAAGAGACCCCUUCAAUUUUCAAGUAGUGAGUUGAACACCUGGCUUAGCUUUGCACGUGUUAUCAAAUAUUCAGGAGUACUUUUUGGAUUGAUAAGACAAUUUGAUCCAAACCUGCUUGAGACAAUAACAAGUUAUGCAGUAUACCUCCCUACAGCUUGAAAUGUAAGCCAAACACUGACCUCCCAUCGUUAGGCCUAUAGUGGUCCCUAUAGGUUCAGCAGUAGCCUCUUUUCUAGGUAAUUUUUCUAGUAUAAAGAUACACGGUGUAGUCAGGGGUUUGAAUAGAGCACUGCCAACUCUUUACCUCAGUACACUCUUCGUUAAUUCUGUAACACAGGAAGCGGUGGGUAGGGUGCUUCAGCAGCAACCAUAAAACAUAUCUAUGCCUGCUUUAGUAAAUGAGCUUGUAACAGAUGCGCAGAGAGCAUCAGUUAUGGGACAGGAAUCUCAGGCUGGCAUCAUCUGGGCCACGCUUGGGCUGAGUUAGUCCCGACCACUCAUUUCUAGAUGGGGACUGUCUCGCCUACUGAGGAAUUAAUUGGCAAGGCAAUACAAAACCGAGUGCUUUUUACUAUGAGUUAGUUUGUAAUUAGCUGGGGUGAUCUCUGCUUUGUGCUGUGAAGUGGGCACUUCUUUGUUUUGACACUAAUUUAUUUACGUGGAUGGAAAUGAGUAAACCCAAGAUACUUGGAGCUGAAACUGCUGUCCUCCUGACCAGGUGAUGCUCUUUUUGCUCAUCAUGGUGGUUGGACUGUUUAGCUUGGUUCUUAAAGUUUUUGUCUUUCUAACCGCAUUUGGAAAGCGGUGUUGAAGUGUCUGUGUUGACAUGCUUGUCUUCUUACUGUGUGGGGAGUAUAGAGGUACUAGAUUAUGAGUGCUAGUGCUUCUGUGCCUGGCUUGACUAACCGUAUGACAGCCUAGCUCUUGCUUAUGUCCAGAGGUCAUAUCUUGUGUGUGACAUGAAAACAAUUGUGGUUGGAGAGAAAAAGAGCAGCACUGACUUCCAAGGUAGGCAUGCUGGUAAAAAGCCAAAGUAUGUUGGAAGGGAGCAGGAGAGGGGAGCAUUUCCUACACAGAUCCCAAAAGCUGAUGGUGCUUGAAGACUGACUGUAUUGAAAAGAAAUGCCAUCUGUAUUGACCCCAAUAGCUUUGAAUGUCUCCAGAGUGCUAUAGGCUGUGAAUUAAGGGCAGCAGGCUGGAGAGGCUGGCCUUGCUGUAGCUGCACACCCUUCCAUUGUAAAUCUCUCUUCAUCUGUUCCUAACUGGGUGCUAAAACUCAAUUCCUGGUAAAAUACCAUCUGCAGAUCUCCGGACAGAGAGUGCAUCUUACUCUUUUUUAACAGCUUCUUCACUGUUCUUCAAGAUACUGGAGCAGGAGAAGUAUUUCAGGGUACGGCUGGGUAAGAUACUGUUUCCACUGUUGGAGUAAAGACUACAAUUGAUGGAAAGCAAAAUUUUUGCAUAAGUAGGAUGGAAGGAAGAGAUUGUUAUGAGGGAAGAAACAGGUUUUUGAGCAGUACUGCUCCUCUGCUCAUGCUGCCUGUCAGCAUUUUGUGCAGAGCUCGUGUGCGGGUGGCAGGGCACAAAAGCUGGGAGAAGAUGGCAGGGAGGAGGGGGAUGUGGAAGAAGAAUGAUUUUGGUAGCUCACAAGAUUUGGAAAGCGUGCUCGAUGGAUUUAGCUUUGAAAACAUGUUCAAACUCCCGCUCACACUGAAGCCAUUACCAGUCGUUAGGAUAAUGAGUGUUUUUCCGGUGUACAGGUUGUGUUAUCUGCAAUGUGAAAUGAGCUUGAGUUGAUGAUACGUGUUGAGCAGUAUUUUUGGAGACGCUGCUUAACCAAAAGGCUAGUAUUUAUUGCUCUUGUGAUGAGUUGUCUUGUUUGUGGAAUCAAUCUGUGUGAAAGCAAACUGACAAACGCCAAGUUAUCUUGUGACACAAUCGCGUAGCUAGGAAGCCAAUUAAUGUUACCUUUUAUUCUGCAAUUUACUUGCUCUGUGGUGCCUAUGCAUUGUAACACACAUACUAUGCAAUAUCAUUCUUUUUUUUAAACCAGUUCACUACAUUGGGCAAGAAAGGCCUGAGUUUAGCCUUAAUUUUCUACCAAUUCACAGAAAGUACUUUAGAAACAGUGACAAAAAAGGUUUUAAAAAAACCCACACGCGUAAAAGCACAGUUCCAGACUGCUCACGUAAGUGUCUUUCUAGCACCAAAACAGCAUCCACAAUAGAAACAGCUACUUGCUGUAAUAGUUUCAAUUUAUGAAAACUGUGUACUAGAUGAAAUUAUAUUGUGAUGUGUAAAAAGUGUAUUUUAUAGCUUUGGUGACUUAGUUUACUGUUUUGUAUAUAUGAAUUUUAUAAAUCUAUUAAAACUUGACUUGUUAUACUGUU